UCGAAAAAACUUCGUUUACCAAACAAACCAUUAGAUGAGGCCAGAUGUGUCUGUAAAGAAUUACAACUUUUUUAUCGAAAGCAAAGAGCUGUUAUUAAGACACUAAGGGACUCUUUCUAUGCUCACUGUCCUACUUAUACUAUUUAUGAUACUCCAAUACAAACUCGUG